UACAUAAAAGGAGGAUAAUCAAGCUUGAGAUUAAGUCAAGUGGUGCGUUAAUAAGGUCACUUGGCACUUAUUUGAAUUUGAGGUAAGAAAUUGUUUAAAUUAUUAUAAUAAGAAAAGUUAUAUCUAUAUAUUAGUAAAAGGAAGAUAAUCAAGCUUGAGAUUAAGCCAAGUGGUGCGUUAAAAAGGUCAACACUUGACACUUUUUAAGAUAAUGUUAUAAAGAAAAAUAAGGAACAAAAAAGUUAUUCAAUAAUUUGUUUCUUCAAUUUCAUAUAUUGAUAUACUAUUACAUUAAGAAAUAAGAUAAUUUGGAAUUUUGAUAAAGUAACGUGAUAUGCUCAAACAAGACAUAUCAUAAUUUAACACGAUUAAUAUAUGUAAUAUGGUCCGCAGAUUGCUCGGGUUCUAAUACCACUGCUUGUUAAAAUAUGAGGAGUUUAUCUUGUACAAUAAUUUCCUAGAAUGAUACAUAAGCUUUUACAUUGUUUCCAAAUUUAACACUUUGUUUCUCCCAUGCUAUAUUACACUUCUUUAAUGAGACAAAUCUUUUCUUUCAAUUUUUUCUAAAUCAAUUUAAGAUUGUUUUGUAUUUUGGCAAAAUACUAAAAACUUCCUUAAAUUUGGUACGUUUUAUCCCGUGCAGACCUAAACUUAUUGUUGUCUUCAUUAGUCUCUUUGUUAUCAUUUAUCUUCUUGACGAGUCUUAGGUUCAGAUCCACGCCUUCGUGUGGCAUUUUUUUUGGAAUAUAAUAUAUUUUUUUUUGCCUUUUUAAAUUUUAAGCCAAAUUUUUUAAAAACAUGUUGGAACUCCAGUGUUUAGGCUAAAUCUUUUCAUUUUACUAGAAGUAAUGGAAUUUCAACCAGCUUUUUUACAUGCUUGGCCCGAAAAAAGAAAAAUACAAUAUUAAUAUAAAUUGAGUCUAAAGAGGAAAUAAAAAUAUACAUAGUUGGAACUCUACUACCUUGGAUAAUUUUUUUUAUUUGGAGAAAUCUAAUGAGAUUUCAGCCAAUUUCUUUUUUCUUACAGAUUUAGGCCCAAAAAAAAUAUACAAUCAGAAUAUACAGUCAUUCAAUGAAUUUGUGAAUGAAGUAGUGAAUCAUUUGCAUGUGUAGAUGGAAUGGAAGGUGACUAUCUAUAUAUAUAUAUAUAUAAAACUCCAUUAUUCCGGCUAUAUAUUUUUAUAAUCGGCUGAAAAUAAUGGAGUUGCAACCACAUUUUCUGUGUAUACAUAUUUUGCCCAAAAAAGAAAAAAUACACAGUUAAAAUAGAUAGUCAUUGCAUCUAUAAAAAAACAAAAUGAAAUGUGCAGUUGUAACUCCAUUAUUUUGGCAAAAUUUUUUGGUUUGGCUAAAAUAAUGGAGUUCUAACCACGUUUUUUUUUUGCUAUAGAUUAGUUCCAAAAAAGAAAAAAGAGGAAAUUUCCGAAAUGUACAAUUCGCUGACUUACAUUGCAAAAAUAUGGCCCAAAAACACUUUUAUACAAUGUUAUACACUUAGGGGUCGUUUGGUAGCUAGUAAAAUGACACUUUAUUCAUGUAUUAAAAUUCUGCAUAGCUUAUACCAUGUUUGGUAGCUAGUAAAGAAACACCUUAUCCAUGUAUUAAUUUCUGCACAGUUAUACCGCAUUUGAUAGCUAGUUAGGAAGUAAGUCAUUCAUGUAUAAAUUAAUACGACGUUUGGUUUGUAAUUUAGAAACUCGCAUAACUAAUACAUGUAUGAGUUGUGAGGGAAUCUAUGUAUCAUUUUAUGCGGGGUAGAAGAUGGAAUAACUAAUGCACGAAUAAAAAGUUGAAAUGACAAGAUUACCCUUAUCACUCCCCCACCUAAAUACUUUCCUUUUCUAAACAAAUUAUAUAAUUUUCUAAUAUAAUAUCUUACAAUAAUAAUUUAAUAGUUUGUAAAAAUAUAUAAUAUUUUAAUUUUAAUUGUAAAAAAAAAUAAAUUAAAAGGUAUAUAAAUUUAUUAACUUUUAAUAUAACUAACCAAUAUCCAAAGAAAUAAUUUAUGCACAACUAAACCCAGCAUAAGUAAACCCCUGCAUAACUAAUACCUGCAUAACUAAUACAUACAUAACUAAUACAUAUAUAACUAAUACCUGCAUUGCAUUAUUAAUACCUGCAUAACUAAUAUCUACAUUACUAAUACUCACAUUCCUACAUAAUUCUGACCAGCUACCAAACGACCUCUUAUAUAUAAAAGACAAGUACAUUAUAUAUAUAGGUGUAUGAAAGUGUAUAAUGUGACACCAAAUGAUAUAAUUAUACAAUAUUAUACACAAAAAUACGCACUUAUACACAUUUAUACACAAUUAUAUAAUAUCGUAUAAGUGGCUAUAAACAUAGAUAUGGACAGGUUUUGAAUAAGAAUUGCAUUUUUAUACAAGACAAAUACAUUAUGUAUAUAGGUGUAUAAAAAUGUAUAAUAGUGUAUAAGAGGGGUGUAUACACCCAUAUACACUAUUAUAUGCUCACUACAGCUGCACCUACCAGUUUCUCCACCUCCGAUGAAUUCCCCACCGCCACCGCCACCGCCACCGCCAAUACGGAUCUUUCUUCCAUCACAAUAACUGAAAUUGCAGACAUUUGACCCAUCUCUAAGUCGGAUCUCUAGGAAGGAACUCGCUGACGCGACCCGAGAUUUCUCGCCGGAACUCAUCAUCGGCGAGAGGUUUCAUGAUGGUGUACAAAGUGAAGCUCAACUCCGGCAUCUCGUCGCCGUUGAAAAGCUCUCCGCCGAUGCUUUCCAAGGGUUUAGGGAGUUUCGGGCCGAGAUGGAAACCUUAACGCGGCACAGAGAGAGAGAGAGAGAGAGAGAGAGAGAGGAGGAGGAGGUUGGGUCAUUUUUCGUAAGAUUUAAAAUAGUGGGUCAAUUUUGGUAGCAUUUUUACCCUAAUUAACAUACAACGUAAUUAAGUCAAGAAAAAAUACACAAUUGAAAUAAAUAGCCAUUACAUCUAAAGAAGAAAUGAAAAAAAAUACAAAUUUUGGUCAAAAUACAACAACAAUAAACCCUGCAUUGUAUAUUAAGAAGAAGGAAGAAGAAAUAUUGAGAAAUAUCUUGGAAGCCAAUUUUCGAUUUUUCUUUCACAUUCACACACCUAGAAAAGUAUAUCCACGCUACAUCAACUUCCAAGGGGUAAAUGAUAACGCAAAUAGUUAAGUAUGAGGGAUAAUUAAGAUGACGCAACUUUUAAGUGUGCACCAAAUAAAACAGGUCAAGUUUAAGGCGUUUUAGGUAUUCUACCUUUUAGUUAUAGUUACACUUUUAUUUAGUAACUGAACAUUAAAUUUGAUAUAAAAAUAAAAUAAAGCAAUUUCUGAUUUCACACCAAAUAUUGUGUUGACUGUCAUAGUCCAAAUGUCAUUACUCAUUUUUUGUCUGAGGAGUAACCUAAACACAAAGGUCAUUUGAUGCCCGCAGAUAGAAAAUGAAAAGAAGAAAAGAAAGGAAAUACGGUUUUAGAUUCAUAGAUAGGGCCACGACCCAAAUCUAAAUCCUGGGGAGCACCUUAAUUUUAUGAUAAUUCUUUUACUUGGAAUCUCUUGUUUUCCUAUCUCAUUAUUUCUAUGUUUUGAACAACAGCAUUUGCCGUCUCUACGAAGGCUAGAUCUCAGCUACUCCAAAAGCCUGAUGCGAACACUAGAUUUCAAGGGGAUGCCAAAUUUGAAGUAUUUGAAUCUGCAAUGGUGUAGUAAUCUUGAAGAGGUUCACCAUUCCCUGGGGUAUUGUGGAAAACUAAGUGUGUUAAAUUUGUGGCAUUGUAAGAGUCUUAAGAGGUUUCCAUGUGUUAACGUGGAAUCUCUUGAAUAUCUGGAUAUACGUGGUUGCUCUAGUUUAGAGAAAUUUCCAGAAAUCCUUGGAAGAAUGAAGCCGGAGUUAAAGAUCAAGAUGAGAAACUCUGGAAUAAGGGUACUAGCAUCAUCUAUUCAGUACCUAACUCACAUUACCGAGCUAGAUUUGGGAGGUAUGAAAAACCUUGUAGCUCUUCCAAGCAACAUUGGCAUGUUGAAAAGCUUGGUGGAGCUAAAUGUGUCUCAUUGCUUAAAACUUGAAAUCUUGCCAGAAGAGAUAGGGGAUUUAGAAAGCUUGGUGGAGCUAGAUGUGUCAAAUUGCUCAAAACUUGAAAGCUUGCCAGAACAGAUAGGGGAUUUAGAAAUCUUGGAGACGCUUGAUGCCAGCUAUACUCUAAUAUCACAACCUCCGUCUUCCAUUGUCCGUUUGAACAAGCUUAAAUUCUUGACUUUUGCAAAACAAAAAUCACAAGUAGGCCUCAACGAUGGAGUGUACUUUGUGUUCCCUCAAAUGAAUGAGGGGUUGCACUCACUGGAACGUCUGGAUCUCAGUUACUGCAAUUUAAUAGACGGAGGACUUCUGGGAGACAUUGGAUGCUUAUCCUCUUUGAAAGAGUUGAAUCUCAGCGGAAAUAGUUUUGAGCCUUUGCCUCGAAGCAUAUCCCAACUUGGUGCUCUUCAAUCCUUGGACUUAUCGGAUUGCGAGAGGCUUAAAGAGUUACCGGAUAUCAUAGGGAUGCCAAAUUUGGAGACUUUGAAUCUGUCAAAUUGUAUGAAUCUUGAAGAGGUUCAUCAUUCCCUGGGAUUUCUCAAAAAGCUCUUGCGAUUAGAAUUGACUAAUUGUAAACGGCUUAAGAGGUUUCCAGCUCUGUGCAUCGAUUCCCUUGAAUAUCUGGAUCUGAAGGGGUGCUCUAGUUUAGAAAAUUUUCCAGAAAUCCUCGGAAGCAUGAAUUUGGAGUUAAAGAGUGGGAUAAGCCACCUAGAUUUGAGUGGUUUAGAAAACCUUGUAACACUUCCGAGCAGCAUUGGUAUAUGGAAAAGCUUGGUUGGUCUAGAUGUAUCGGGUUGCUCAAAACUUGAAAGCUUGCCAGAAGAUAUGGGGGAUUUAGAAAACUUGGAGCGGCUUGAUGCCAGCUGUACUGGCAAUCUCACAACUUCCAUCUUCCAUUGUCCGGUUGAACAAGCUUGAAUUCUUGAGUUUUGAGAAACAAAAAUCAGAAGUAGGCCUCGAAGAUGGAGUGUACUUUGUGUUCCCUCCAGUAUCUGACGGAUUACGCUUGUUGGAAAUUCUGAAUCUCAAUUACUGCAAUCUAAUAGAUGGAGGACUUCCAGUGGAC